CUCGCGGUGUCGGGCACGAAGGCGCUGCUCGUGGCCCGCCUCGAGGCGGCGGAGGGCACGGCGCCGCCCACGAAGACCCGGAAGACGACGAGGAAGGCCCCGACGCCAGCCCCGGCGAAAGAGGGCGCCAGCGCCAGCGCCGGCGAGGGGGGCUCCAGCGCCAGCGCCGGCGCCAGCAAAGCCCGCGCAGGCACCCAGUGAGAAGAGGGCUCCCUCGAGCAAGACGGCCCUCGAGCCUGGCGACAGGCUCAUGGCCCGCUACCACCGCGACGGCCAGAUGCACCCAGGCAUCCUUCUGAUGAUCCAGGAGAACGACAGGUAUUUGAUCUCGUGGGACGAGCCAGACGACAACGAGCCGUUGACAAGCUGCACGGACGUGCAGCUUCUGAAGAAGGCCGCGACACCACUG